GCGGCGGGCGUCGAUCAUCCAAUAGGUCGCAGAAAGUUCGUUGCAGCAGCCUCGAACAUGCAGUUACACAGAAACCAAAUAAUGUUGCCCUAUAUAUAUGUCCCUGCUAUUGCCAUGGCCGUUGUUGUUGCCUCUCACUCUCCAACUUCAACGCUACUGUUCAGGAGCAUUUAACAUAGUUAAUACAGGACAGGACUUGAGUUUUCGCUUCUCUUCGUAAUUUGAUUUCCUCAUGUCAAGGAAUUAUGAUAACUGGGAGAGGUUGGUUGCCGCGACGCUCCACAGAGAGAAGUUUCGCGAACUGGCGCUUCUUUCUUCGAGAGAAACCAGUUUCAGCAGCUCCGUUGCAGCAGCUCGUUUCAAUUCUCCUUUCAAUUUCAAGUUUAAAUCCGCCGCGAACGAUAAGCCUGUUAUAUCUCAAUUCCUAACGGUUCUGGAAAUGGCGAUUAAUGCCGUGAGGGCUACACAGAUCACCGAUUCAUUCACUCAGGAGUGCUCGGAGAUCAGAUCCAAGGUUGAAAGGAUUGUAUUUCUGCUCCAACAGGCCUUGUUUGCGAACCACCAGCUAUAUGCCCAACCUUCCCGCCGAGUAAUGAGCGCCACUGAAAACGUCCUGCUCAAGGCUCUUUCCGAGGUGCUGAAAUGUCGAGGUCGAGGCCUGAGACGUGUCUUUGCAGCUACUACAACCUCUGCUUCCUUGCAGGAGAUUUCAUCCCAGCUUGAACACUCCAUUGCCAACAUUUGUUGGCUCCUCCGGGACGAUGAGUACCGAGGUAUCCCUCCCAUUGCCGCGGAUGAACCUGUUCUCUGUACUAUUUGGGAGCUGAUUGCCAUUCUUCAUACUGGUUCGUUUGAAGAUCAGUGUAACGCUCUGGCCUCGCUACUUUCCAUGGCUAAUGAAAGUGAUGCUUAUAGAACAUUGAUUGCGGAGGAAGGCUGUGGGGUUGAGCCAUUGUUGAAAUUACUGAAGGAAGGAACACCUGAAGUACAGGAGAAUGCUGUCAUGGCUAUUGCGUUGAUGUGUAAAGAAAAUUCGUAUGACGUAAAACAGAAGGUACUCCCGGCAUUUGUGAGAAUCCUCCGAGGUCCUCUAAUGAAGUUGCAGGGAACUGUGGUUUGGGCUGUAACCGAGUUAGGGCAUGAGUCGGUUCACAUACUCAGCAAUUUAGCACUCAAGGCUGUACGCGAAGGCCCGAGUGUUUAUACCAUAUCUAAUAAGGGAAACAAUGUUGGCCAUGAAACCGGAAUUUUAUCAUUGGGAGCAAGCAAUGGAGGUACUAAAAUGGCGAGAGAUGUCGAAACAACUAACUACAUAACAGCAAUGGUUAGUCGUGCCAUUUGGGACAUGGUGAUACGGAACUCUUCCAUAUGCCGUAGCAUGGCAGAGUCAAGUGUGCUGCAAUGCCUUGCGGUGCUUUUGGAGAGAGGAUCGGAUGAAGUUAAGUACAAUUCGGCCAUGGCAUUGAUGGAAAUCACUGCAGUGGCAGAGGGAGAUGUUAAGCUGAGACGAUUAGUGUUCAAACCAAAUUCCUCGGCGUGCAAAGCUGUGGUGGAUCAGCUGUUCCGGAUUGUGGAGAAGGCAGAUUCAGAUUCAGAUUCGAAGAUACUCAUUGCGUGCGUAAAGGCGAUCGGUAAUCUUGCGAGGACUUUCAAGGCUACGGAGACGAGGAUGAUAAGCCCUUUGGUGAAGCUGCUGGACAAAAGGGAACCCGAGAUUGCGAGGGAAGCCUGCGUAUCCCUGACGAAGUUCACGUACACGGAGAACUAUCUCCACGUGGAUCAUUCGAAGGCGACUGUGGGAGUCGGAGGGGCGAAGCAUCUUGUGCAGCUGGCAUACUUCGGAGAGCAGACGGUGCAGGUUCCGGCGCUGAUUCUGCUGAGUUACAUUGCGAUGCAUAUUCCGGACAGUGAGGAGGUGGCUCGGGCGCAGGUGCUGACGGUGCUGGAAUGGGCGACAAAACAGGUUAUCAAGGCGGCGGACGAAGCCGCCACGUUCAAGCCGGAAUGUUUGGACCUCAAAUUGAAGACGGAUAAGCUCGCGGCGCUGCUCCGCCAGGCGGCGCGUGCGAGCAACGACCUCUACGAGCGGCCGGCCCGCCGGAUAAUCGACGACACGGAGCAGGUCCUCGAGAAAGCUCUGGUGCUUGCCCUAAAGUGCCGCGGCCAUGGAAUCAUGAAGCGCGUCCUCACCAUCAUCCCCGCCGCCGCCUUCCGGAAAAUGUUCUCGCAGCUCGAGAACUCCAUCGGCGACGUCUCCUGGCUCCUCCGCGUCUCCGCCUCCGCCGAAGACCGCGACGACGGCUACCUCGGUCUUCCCCCAAUCGCCGCCAACGAGCCGAUCCUCUGCUUAAUUUGGGAGCAGAUCGCCAUUCUCUACACCGGCUCCGUCGACGACCGCCCCGACGCCGCCGCCUCUCUCGUCUCCCUCGCCCGCGACAACGACCGGUACGGAAAACUGAUAAUCGAAGAAGGCGGCGUCGGUCCAUUGCUGAAAUUGCUGAAGGAAGGUAAAUUAGAAGGUCAGGAACACGCCGCCACAGCCAUCGGAUUGCUCGGCAGAGAUCCGGAAAGCGUCGACCACAUGAUCCACGCCGGCGUCUGCUCCGUCUUCGCCAAAAUCCUCAAAGAAGCUCCGAUGAAGGUCCAGGCCGUCGUCGCCUGGGCGGUGUCGGAGCUCGCCUGCCAUCAACCGCACUGCCAGGACACCUUCGCGCAGCACAACAUCAUCCGUCUCCUCGUCAGCCAUUUAGCCUUCGAAACAGUUCAGGAGCACAGCAAAUACGCCGUCGUCAGCAAGGCCACCACAAUGCACACCGCUGUCGUCCUCGCCAGCACCACCAACACCGCCGAAAACUCGAUUCCGGCCAACGAUUUGGACGAUGAGAGAACGCACGUGGUUCCGCAUCCUCUGGAGAACAACCAUCCAAACAAACUGCACAACGUCGUCACCAGCACGAUGGCGAUGAAGGGCACCCCUGCCGUUAAAAACCUCGCCAAGACAAACGCUGCCGGGAAGGCGAAUCCGGCGAAUCAUCAGCAGAGUAUUUCGUUGUCCUCGAACAAUCGAGCGAGAGAGCAGGAGGAUCCGGAGACUAAGGCGUAUAUAAAAGCAAUGUCGGCUCGCGCCCUUUGGCACCUCGCGAAAGGGAAUUCUCCGAUUUGCCGGAGCAUCACGGAGUCGAGGGCGCUGCUAUGCUUCGCGGUGCUUCUCGAGAAAGGCGAAGCGGAAGUUCAAUACAAUUCAGCCAUGGCAUUGAUGGAAAUCACAGCAGUCGCAGAGGGAGACGCCGAGCUGCGACGAUCGGCGUUCAAACCAAAUUCCCCGGCGUGCAAAGCCGUGGUGGAUCAGCUGUUCCGGAUUGUGGAGAAGGCGGAUUCGGGUUCGGACCUACUCAUCCCAUGCGUAAAGGCGAUCGGUAAUCUUGCGAGGACUUUCAAGGCUACGGAGACAAGGAUGAUAAGCCCUUUGGUGAAGCUGCUGGACGAAAGGGAACCCGAGAUUACUAGGGAAGCCUGCGUAUCCCUGACGAAGUUCGCGUACACAGAGAACUAUCUCCACGUGGAUCAUUCGAAGGCGAUUGUGGGAGUCGGAGGGGCGAAGCAUCUUGUGCAGCUGGCGUACUUCGGAGAGCAGACAGUGCAGGUUCCGGCGCUGAUUCUGCUGUGUUACAUUGCGAUGCAUAUUCCGGACAGCGAGGAAUUGGCUCAGGCGCAGGUGCUGACGGUGCUGGAAUGGGCGACGAAACAGGCGGCGUUGAUGCAGAUCGUGGAACUGGAUAAUCUGCUGCCGGAUGCUAAGGCGAAAUUGGAGCUGUACCAAUCGAGAGGAUCGAGAGGAUUUCGUUGAGCUGAGGUGCAGAUGCAUGAAUGAUCGGACAUAGCUACUAAUCCUUAUUGCUUUCGCCACAAACGCCGACGUCUGGCAGCCGCACGCGCCUCCGACGCAAAUCGACAUCGUAUCCCUCCGGCGACCGCCGCCUCCCCGCCGCCGGCCGCCGUCUCAUGCUUCGAUCCCUGAUAUCCUGGUAUGGUCGGUUUUGCCAUCUGAUUUGAAUUUAUUUUGCGACUGUUACUGGGUUGGCUUGCCCAGUUUGAUUUUCUGCACGAUUCUUUUGCAUGCACUAUACUAUUAUUGAUUUUCUCGCUUCAUAGUAUGGCUCUUAAUAUGGAUCGUGUAGACGCUUCCGGGAUUACUGUUAUUCUUUCUGGUAAUUAUGAUUUGUGGACUGAAUCCAUGAAGAGUUUCUCGAUUGGUAAAAGAUUAUGGCGUUAUGUUACUGACGACUUUUCUGCACCGGUUGCUCCUGUUGUCAUUUCUAUGGCGCCCCUCAACAAUAAGGAUCUCAUGGACUAUCGGAAUGCCUUGGAUGAGUGGGAUAGUAAGAACCACAUUAUUUUUACUUGGAUUCGGAAUACCUCUUCCAAGUCCAUUCAGAAUCAACUUCGCCACAUGGACACUGCCAAGAAAGCUUGGGAUUAUUUGUAGCAUCAAUAUCAGGAUACUGAAGACAUGCAUUAUUAUCAGCUUAUAGGGUCAUUGAAUGCACUGACACAUGACUCGCGCUAAGAUAUGAAUGAGUUCAUCUAUAUUAUACAGUCUAUGUGGGAUCGCAUUGAUGAGACAGACAUACAGAUUGAACACUUUCGGUUGAUUCAGCUCUUGAUGAAGCUUGGUCCAGAAUAUGAGUUUGUGUGUGUUUCCUUGCUUCAUCGUCAUCCCCUGCCUUCCUUGGAGACAACGAUGAAGGAGAUUUUGUUUGAGGUCACCCGCCUCAAGAUUCUCAAGGCUCCUACCCUUGAUUCGGCCUUAGCAGUUCGCUCUUCUACUCCUCAUCGCAGAGAUAAUCGCAAGGAUGCCCGGCCACCUCAAUCUGAUAAAUGUCGCAAUUUCCCGAAUGCUGAUCAUCUUUAUAUCUAUUGCCCUAAGGUUGAGUGUCACUACUGUCAUUAGAAAGGCCACAUCCGUUCACAUUGUCCCAAGAAUCCCAAGGUUGGUCAGUUAUCUUCCGGCUCUUCCUCUGCCAUUGUUGCUGCCUCUAGAAGAUCACAGUUCGCCUCACGAAAGGUCUUGGGUUCAUGGUGAGAUAAAAUGGCAAAAAAACAAUGAUAAUCAAGUAGAUGAAAGGGAUGAUGACUUACACGGGUGGGUCGCCGAUCAGUGGAGCAGGAACUAGAAUUUCCAAAGGAUCGGGCACAGGCUCAGGAGGCGCAGGAGGGUCAGUUGGUGGGGAAGGAUCAUCAAACAUACUAGCAGGAACGGACGGUGGUUCGAGACCUGCAGGAGGAGGAGGGGUAUCCAAAACAAAGAACGUGGACUCUGACUCAAAGAUAAUGGAAAAUUUAAAUUCAGAGGAAAAGAACUUAUGUUCCCAAAAAGUAACAUCCCGAAAGAUACGUAGACGAUUCGACAAAGGAUCCAACAUCAAUAACCUUUAUGUUCUAUCUGAUACCCAAGAAAACAA